AUGACGCAGGAGCCCGCUGACCCCCUCUCUGCUUCCAGCCCCUACAACUAUGAGCAGGCCCUUCCCCCCGUGGCUCGGACCAAUGCCUUCACCCAGGUCGCCCCUGCCAAGAAGAUAACAUUUUACAAGAGCGGGGACCCUCAGUUUGGAGGGGUCAAGAUGGCCAUCAACCAGCGCAGCUUCAAGAGCUUCAACGCGCUGAUGGAUGACCUCUCCCACAGGGUCCCCCUGCCUUUUGGGGUGAGGACCAUUACAACGCCUCGGGGGAUACACUGCAUCAGCACCCUGGACCAGCUGGAGGACGGAGGGUGUUACCUGUGCUCCGAUAAGAAGUAUGUCACGCCCAUCAGUAUUGGUCCCACCGGCCGGAGAGCAGCUCCUCAGAAGGUCGGCCAGCCGGCCAGCGCGUUGCGGAGGGCAGCCCAAGACAUCAAGCGCGAAGACAACUUGGCCGCUCUCGCCCAGCAGAGUCCGCGGAUACCCAAGAAAGUCACUCUGGUUAAGAACGGGGAUGUGGGCACCAGGCGGCCGAUAAUCCUCAACCGCAGGAACGCGCGGAGCUUCAAGACUCUCCUGGACGAGAUUUCGGAGAUCAUGCAGUUCACGGUGAAGAAGCUGUACACGUUGGACGGGAAGAGGAUUGACAACAUGCAAGCUCUGCUGCACUGCCCCAAUGUCCUCGUCUGUGUGGGGAGAGAGCCCUUCAAACCCACCGUGGUGGAAAACCCCCGGAAGCCCUCCUCAGAGAAGCUGCCCGGUCUACCUUCACAGUCCAACAGCAGAGGCAACGUUGGUGAAAACCACGAAAGUAAGAAAGAGGGCAGGGGGCUGGAUUUGGGUUGGUGGUUUGGAAGCAUGAACUUUGGACUCAAAGCCAAGAAAAGUGUGAUUCAUCCGCGGUCGGCCUUGAGCAAUCGCUCCGCAAGAUUCUCUUUGUCGUCGGAAAAAUCCUAUCCAAACGGCCUCGUGACAUCGCCGGAGAAUGGCGCCCCCUGCUUGAGCCACUGCCCACACUCUAAAGCGGGCAACCUGGUUCAUUCCUUGGUCAACGAUGACAUCGAGAAGAGGGUGCAUGUGAACAAAGAUGGCAGCCUGUCCGUUGAGAUGAAAGUCCGCUUCCGCCUGCUCAACGACGAGACGCUCCAGUGGUCCACACAUAUCCAGAAGUCCAGUCUGAGGGGCAAGGUGCCCUGUGAAGAGAUGGGCAUAGACGAAGACAAUGGAACUGACCCCGCAGGGAGAGAGAACCCAGAGGUCAACUCUGAGGUGGAUGACUCAUUAUAUCCCUGCGAUGCCGAUUCCUACAUCUCGAACCUUGACGUGUCCGAAAACGAGGAGGCGUGUUGCCACAAUUGCGGUAAGCCGUGCAAAGACUAUGACAUUUGGAAGAACCCCAUGCAUGCUUCCCAUAAAGAGGAGCCAUGGGUCAAGAACACUUGGUACACCCACUCUUCUUGCUCGAGCACGUCGUCCCACCAUAGGGUCGUCCGCAAAAAGACGGCCUCCGUCGAGAGCAGCCGCACCUCGUCCAGUGGAGAAGAAUAUUCCAAGCAUGUCGUACGGGAAUCCUCUUGCUUCUCGGAGACUGUAGAGAACAGGGUAGAAUACCGUGCGGUGCAAAAAUGCCGUUGUCGACACGGCCAGAGCAACACGCGCAAAAGGGGGUCACCCGUGGAAAUGGAUUCCGCAGCUUGCUUAGCCAAUUCCCAAAAUGAGGACAAUUCCACGGCGACCGCAGAACAAAUGGAGGGCAACAGCAGCAGGGCGGGGAGCAGCGGGUCGAAAUCGUCUCGCUGUUCGGCGGAAAGCCAGAUCAAAGUGUGCGAGGAGAGCAGCAGCAUGGCGAGGACCAUCUCCUCCUGUAGCAUCAAGGCGAGGGAAGAGGUUGACUUGGAAGAGGCCAGCUGCCCGUCCUCUCCAAAGAGCGCCUACAGCCAAUCCAUUCAGCGGACAACACCUGAGAAAAGGGACAACCCAGAUGAGCCUUCAGAAGACUCUCAGCCAAUCUCUUCAUUCUCCGUGGAGGAAGAGGCAGACAAGGAACAAGAGGAGACCAGCGAAGUUCAUUCCGCCUUGGAGAAUGUGGCGUCCAACCAAUCGGUCAGGGAUGAAGUCAGCGAGUGCGGGAGGUGCUCCACAGAACGGUCCUUCCGUUCCAAAGCUUGCGAUGGGAAUAGCCAGAGAGAAGACAGCAACGAAACGCAGGUGUGCAGCGUGGCAGCUUCCUCUUCCUCCAGGAGGAGCAAGCACAGCCACAAUCACCGAGAGGCAGGCGCCAAAGUCUCCAGGGUGUCCACCAUCAAGAAAAAGAGGACAAAACGGUCUCUGCAUGCAGAAGAUGCACGGUCGAGCAGCAGGGCCUCUUGCUACUCCAAAAGCUCCCCAGAGAUGGAGGGAAGAGAGGGAGAAUGCCAUGCAUCUCACGACUCAAGCUCUCCUCGUUCCAACGUGUCGUCCUUAAGCGAAGCGGCGGCACCUCCUGCCGGCAACAUGGAGAGUGCAAGUAGCUCUUCCGGACAUUGCAGCCAGUCCUCCAAGAGCAUUCAGGAGGGCGGCCAGCCGGAUUCCUCCAGCAAGGAAUCAUUUCCUGGCUCCAGCUUCUCCAAUUCCAAUGGGAAAAACGGAACUGACAAAGCAUCAAGGCCGGGGAGCGUGUUCGAAUCCACGUGCUCCAAAUGCGGCUGCACAGCAGCAACGAGAAACAAGGGCCUUGGGAGCAUCCAGUCGAUUGUGUCUUCCCGUUCGGAGAGUAAAUGCGCAGAGACAGAGGCGUCAGGGAGGAGCGAGCAUGCUGGCUCGCAGUCGAGCGUGGCGCAGUCCUCGAAGCCGAGGAAGAAGAAAAGCAGCCUCCAUUCCAACGCGGAACGCUCUAGUCAAGCUUUGACAUCAGAGUCUGCAUCCAUGUACAGUUUGCACUGCCCAGCUCCCCCGAAAGGGAGGCCAAGUGGCAAAAAAAGUCGGACUGCGGUGCUGAAGAAGAAAUCGAACAAUGCCAGCGCCGCUGGGUCGGAGCCAACUGCGAGCAAGGAGGAAGAGGAAGCAGCCCGUUCGCAGCCCACUGAAAUGGAGGAGGAGAACGGGCCAGGGGAUCCUUCUGAAGCGCUGCAUAACGAGGCAGGAGAGGCUGAGGUGGAAGGCAAUGAGGACAUCAUCCCUUCUUCGCUUCCCAACGCCUCUCCAGAAGAAGUUGUGCACGAGUGGUUGAGGAAGAUCCCCUCAGAGACUCUGCUGAUGAAAUGUGAGAUGCAGGAUGAUGGAGACGGCACAGAACUGGAUGCUGAAAUGCCCAGUUGCUCAAACAACCAGGAAUUGUUGGGAGAGGAGUCGGAAGGAAAGAAAGAAGAGGAGGAGGAAGAAGAAGAAGUGGCAGCCGAGGAGGCAGCUGAGGAGGGGGCCGUUGAGGAGGGAGCAGACGAGGAUCUCAAUGACGAGGCAGCUUCCAAAGCGGUGUCAGAAGAGGCUAAGGCAGGCCAAGCAGAAUGCAACCACUCUGUCAUCUCCAGCCAGAACAACCACAAAAAGGACUUGCCCACCACCAUCCAGACCUCCGUGCAGAUCAUGAAGGCGCUGUUGGCUUCCAAGCAAGAAGCCAAGCUGGACCGUUCACACAGCUUGCCCGAAGUCUCCCCUACGAUGGGCAGAAAGCUCAGCAACUCGGCAAACAUUCUGAUCACGUGCCUGGCUAGCCUGCAGAUCCUUGACGAAGAGCUGGACCCCUCAAGCAAGUCCAGCAAAUGCCUGAAUAGGCCAAGGUACACUGAGCUGUUGAACAUCUUCCAGGCUCUCUGGUUUGGGUGCACGUCAGAGAAAGGGGGCACGAGCUCAGGCCUCCAAGGAGAGGCCCCUGAAAAAGUGCCCUCCACUUUCAAGGACCGUAAAGAUGGCGACUUCACACCCUUGUCCUCUUCUGGAGUGGAUGUGAGCAGUGGCGAUGGAGGCUCGGGAGAGGGGAGUGUGGCUGGUGCCCGAGACUGUGCCUUAUCGCCAGAGAAAACGAACGGAGCCAAACCCACCAAAGAAGAGGCGAAAGAGGAGGCAGAGCAAGAGGGAGGCUGUAGUGAGGAAGAGGAAGAGCAGCAUUCCCAGCCUUGCUUAAAAUCUGAAGGAGAAGAAAAGGCAGCCUCUACUGGAGGAGGGGAUGUGACAGAAACCAACGAGAACCAGGGCAGUGACGUUGGCGAGGAGGAGGAGGAGGAAGAUAAAGAAGUUGUUGGAGAAGAAGAAAUGGAAGAUGUCGAGGUGGAACAGGCAGAAGCUGGUGAUGCUGAUGCAGACCCUGUUGAGCAGACCCAAGAGGACCCCGCUAUCCAGGAAGUAGAAGGGAGUCCCAGUCAAGAGAAUGCUAAUGAAGCUGAUGAAGAGCCAAGCAACAAUCAAGAGAAUGGUGAUGAAGCAGCUGAAGAGCCAAGCGAUGAUCAAGAGAAUGUUGAAGUGGCUGAAGAGCCAAGUAAUGAUCAAGAGAAUGGUGAUGAAGCGGCUGAAGAGCCAAGCGAUGAUCAAGAGAAUGUUGAAGCGGCUGAAGAGCCAAGCGAUGACCAAGAGAAUGUUGAAGUGGCUGAAGAGCCAAGCGAUGACCAAGAGAAUGUUGAAGUGGCUGAAGAGCCAAGCAAUGAUCAAGAGAAUGUUGAAGCGGCUGAAGAGCCAAGCGAUGACCAAGAGAAUGUUGAAGUGGCUGAAGAGCCAAGUAAUGAUCAAGAGAAUGUUAAAGAGGCUGAAGAGCCAAGCGAUGAUCAAGAGAAUGUUGAAGCGGCUGAAGAGCCAAGCGAUGAUCAAGAGAAUGUUGAAGCGGCUGAAGAGCCAAGCGAUGACCAAGAGAAUGUUGAAGCGGCUGAAGAGCCAAGCAAUGAUCUAGAGAAUGUUGAAGAGGCUGAAGAGCCAAGCAACAACCAAGAGAAUGCUGAAGAGCCAAGCAACAGUCAAGCUGAACCCAAUCCAAACACAAAUAAGAGUGAACCCCAAGAGAGUGUUGAAAAACAGCUGGUGGAUGAGUCAGAAGCUGAUACAGUCUCCAGCAACAUAGUUUCUCGCCAACCCACAGCAAAAGCUUCCCUCAUCACCCCACAGAAAUCUAUCGACCCCGACCCGGUUUGGGUAUUGAAGCUUUUGAAGAAGAUCGAGAAGGAAUUCAUGGCUCACUAUGUCAGCGCCAUGAAUGAUUUCAAGGUGAAGUGGAACUUGCCAAAUAGCGAGGAGUUGGACUUGAUGAUUGCACAGCUGAAAGAGGAAGUGAGUCGGAGGAUCCAAAAGAGUAUCGAGAAAGAGUUAGGGAAAAUCAGAAGCAGGGCGGGCAGGAGGGUACCGAGGCCUCCGGACGAGCAGCUGCGCCGCGAUUCUUCCAUCCUGCAAGUGGAAAACCGAAGGCGCCGUUUGCAGAGCAUUCACAAAAUGUCCCUCUACAAUGACCACAGCAAGCCGCGCGAGACAAGGGAAUUAGAUGAGGAAUUAGAUUUUUUCAGUACGACCAUUAGAGAUGACAUAAGUGACCCCCCUGGAGAAGAGGAGUACUGCCCUUGCGAUGCCUGCUUCCAGAAGAAAAUGGAGGCCAAAGCCCUGCGGUCUCGAGGGCCGGUGGUGGCAGCCAAUGCCCCCAUUGUGAAGGCCUUUGACCUACAGCAAAUCUUGAGGAUGCAGAGAGGCAAGGCAGAGGAGGACAUUGCAGAAGAGGAAGCAGAAGGGGAGGCCAAUGAAGCUGAGGCAGAGCAGGAAGUGUUGGCUGAUGAUGUGGAAGUAGUAGAGCAGGAAGUGACCGAAAGUGAAGCAGCAGAAGCCCCAGCAGAUGGGGAGGAAGAAAAUCAGAACUGUGAGGAAGCCGAGGGGGAGGAAACUGUGAAUGAAGAAGUAGGUGGGGAAGCACAAGAGGAAGCAAUGGAGGAAGGAGGAGAGGGAGAGGAGGAAGUAGAAGAGGAAGCAGAAGAAGAAAAGGGAGAGGAAGUAGAAGAAAAUGAGGAGGAAGUAGAAGAAAAGGGAGAGGAGGAAGCAGAAGAAGAAAAGGGAGAGGAAGUAGAAGAAAAUGAGGAAGUAGAACAGAAGGGGGAGGAGGAAGAGGAAGUAGAUGAAGAAAAGGAGGAGGAAGCAGAAGAAGAAAAUGGGGAGGAAGAAGAAGUAGAAGAAGAAAAGGGAGAGGAAGUAGAAGAAAAGGGGGAGGAGGAAGCAGAGGAAAAAGGGGAGGAGGAAGAGGAAGUAGAUGAAGAAAAGGAGGAGGAAGCAGCAGAAGAAAAGGGGGAGGAGGAAGCAGAGGAAAUGGAAGAAGUAGAAGAAAAGGGGGAGGAGGAAGCAGAGGGAAAAGGGGAGGAGGAAGAGGAAGGAGAUGAAGAAAAGGAGGAGGAAGCAGCAGAAGAAAAGGGGGAGGAGGAAGCAGAGGAAAUGGAAGAAGUAGAAGAAAAGGGGGAGGAGGAAGCAGAAGAAGAAACAGAAGAUGAAACUGAUGGUGUGGCAGCCGAUCCAGAGGCAGCUGAAGGAGAUAACGAACCUGAAUGUGCAACAAAUGUUGACGAUGGCGAGAUCUCUGAGGCACCAACAGAAGCGGAGGAACAGCCUCCAGCAGAUGGUGAAGAAGAGGAUGAGGGCGAUGCCAAGCCAGAGACAGAAGUGGAAGAAGCAGGAGAAAACGAAGCAGAGGCGAAUGGCAAGGGCAGCGAACCUGAGCAGGACGGUGGCAGUGAAGACCCCAGAGAAACGGAAGAAGGAGCCACCGAAGGGGCAGAGACCCAGAGAAAAAGCUCCGCCUUCUCCUCUAUGGGGAAUUGUUCCCAGCAAUCCCAAAAAGGUUCUGAGGAGGGGAGUGGCGAAGAAGAAGAAGACUGUAAGGAACUGGAGGGCGGUGGUGGUGCUGGUGGUGGUGAUGAUGGAGAGACAGAAGGCGACACAGAGACCAAACCCACAAAGAUGUACCCAGAUAGUGAAGAGGAGGAGGAGGAGGAAGAGGGAGAGGAAGAAGAAGACCAAGCAUCCCCUCAGGCAAAGAAGAAACCCAAAACUGGCAAGAGCAAAGGUGGAAGCAGCCCAGUCCCUAAAAAGGAGGCGAGCUCAGAGGCAAUUGAUCAAGACGACCUGGACUUUUAG